AUGAAACGAGGUAUGGCCACAUGGAAUGGAGAACUAUUUGCAGGUGUACCUAAUAUGAAACGAGGUAUGGCCACUUUUAACGUUUCAUAUGUUGAAGAUGACAACUAUUCAGCACUCUCAUUUAACAUGUUUGAUAAGUCUAUCAUUACUAGGAUAGUGAUUCAGCAAUCUGGUUUCUUUCAAGCAUUCACGUGGGACAGUCAAAAGAGUCAAUGGAACCGUUACUGGUCUGAACCAACGGACCAAUGUGAUAACUAUGGAACAUGUGGAUCAAACAGUAAUUGUGACCCUUUGAACUUUGAGGACUUUAAGUGUACUUGUUUAGUUGGUUUUGAACCAAAACUUGCACGUGAUUGGUAUGAGAGUAGAGGUGGGUCAGGAGGGUGUGUUAGAAAUAAAAAUGCAUCUGUUUGUGGGAAUGGAGAAGGGUUUGUCAAAGUUGUAAGCUUGAAAGUUCCUGAUACAUCUGUGGCAGCUGUUAAACGUGGUUUAAGUUUGGAAGAAUGUGAGGAAGUAUGCUUGAGAAACUGCUCUUGUGCUGCCUAUGCUCCUGCUGAUGUGAGGAAUGGCGGAAGUGGGUGUUUGGCAUGGUAUGGGGAUUUAAUGGACAUUCAAAAACUUAGUGAUCAAGGCCAAGAUAUAUUUUUACGCGUCGAUAAAGUUGAACUAGCAAAUUACUACAAAAAAAGAAAAGGAGUCCUUGAUAAAAAGAGCUUGGCUGCAAUUCUGGUAGCUUCUAUUGUUGCAAUUGUCCUCCUCUUUUCCUAUGUUUAUUGCAUGUGGAAUAAAAAUAGAAAAGAUAAAAUGAUGCGGCAAUUAAACCAAGAUUCCUCUGGAGAAGAGAACGGUCCUCAAAGCAACACACGUCCAAAUCUACCCUUUUUCAGCUUCAGAAUGAUAACAGCGGCUACAAGCAAUUUUAGUAAUGAGAAUAAGCUAGGACAAGGUGGAUUUGGUUCUGUCUAUAAGGGUUGCUUAGUUAAUGGACAAGAGAUAGCAGUGAAAAGAUUGUCAAAAGAUUCAGGUCAAGGCAAAAAAGAGUUUAAAAAUGAAGUUACACUUUUAGUAAAACUUCAACACAGGAAUCUAGUGAGGUUGCUUGGUUGUUGCUUUGAGAAACAAGAAAGAAUGCUGGUUUAUGAAUACCUACCAAACAAAAGCCUAGACUUCUUUAUAUUUGAUCAAACCCAAAGGUCAUCAUUGGAUUGGGAUUUUGGUAUGGCUAGAAUAUUUGGAGAAUAUGAAAUUCAAGCAAGGACAAAAAGAGUGGUCGGAACAUAUGGAUAUAUGGCCCCAAAAUAUGCAAUGGAAAGAUUAUAUUUAACAAAAUCUGAUGUCUUCAGUUACGGGGUCUUACUACUAGAAAUCAUUGCUGGCCAAAGAAACACUCAUUGCGAAACAAGAAGAUCCUCCCCAAAUUUAAUUGGAUAUGUUUGGACACUAUGGACAGAAGAAAAGGCCUUGGAUAUAGUUGAUCUAGCACUAAACAAGUCUUAUCCUUCUGAUAUAGUUCUGAAAUGCAUUCAAAUUGGACUCUUGUGUGUGCAAGAAAAUGCCACGAAUAGACCAUCGAUGCUAGAAGUUGUUUUGAUGCUAGCCAAUGAAACACCUCUCUUCCCACCUCAAAAACCUGCAUUUUUAUUAAUUGGAAAUCAAGUUUUGCAAGAGUCUUCAACAUCAGGAGGAAGUUCUUCAAUAAAUGAAUUAACAGAAACUACGAUUAGUGCUCGUUAA